AUGGAAGAGAAGAAGGAAGAGGAGAAACCAGAAGAGCAACUUACAGAACCUGAAUCAGCUUUCCCAGAAGCCUUACUAGAAUUUCAAAUUGAGACAAAAGAAGCAGCAAUUGACCAAGUUUUGUUUGAUCUGAAACAAGUGGAAAAAAAGAACAGAGACUAUCGUGAAAGAAAUGACCUUCUGAAGGAAGAACAGCAGGCACACGUCAGGUACAUACUAGGACAAAUAGAAGACGAGGAGAAAGAACAAGAUGAAAAAGAGGUUGUAACUAGGGAUGAUGUGGAAGAGUCACUGAAAGAAUUAUGGCAGUAUGUUAAGGACAAAGAACAACUUCUGAAAGAUCUGCACUCCCAGAUUGAAGAAACUGACCAAAGACUUUCAGUAAAGCAGAGUGAGAGGGAUUACUGGUUGGAGUACAUAAAUGUAAUUAGUAAAACAGAGGCCAACAAGAUUAUGAAUCUGGAAAAAGACAUCAAGGAAGUCAAAGAUAAUCUUCAGAGGGCUACAGAACAUUAUAGAAAUGCUUUGAAAGCAGUGAAAGAAGAAAAUGACAGACUGAUUGAGACGCACAUCAAGUUAAGUAAGGAACAGGCUCCUGAGAAUGCUGUAAGAUACUUAGACAAAAACUGUCGCAGAGAAAUUGAAGAGAACGAAUGGCUAAAAGAAGAGGUUAAGAUAUACCAAAAGGAAAUAAGUGAUUUGAAAGCCUCUGUUCAGCUCCUGGAAGAAGAAAAUACCAGUUUAGUGAAAAAACUGAUUGAUAGCAGACUUCAGAUUCUGAGAGAACGCAGGCAUUUGUGUCUUACCCAGGCAGCUGGCUUGCAAGAUGAAUUUGCUAAGGAUGAAAUGAAAGAAGCAAAGUGUAGAGAGCAUGCAG